CCGUCAGGGUGACAGCUCCGCCGGCCAAUGGAGCCCCGGCGCGGGCGAGGCGGGCCGGGCGGCGCCGCCAUUUUGUGAGUCUAUAACACGGAGCGGUCUCGCUCGUCCCGCUAUUGCGGCGCCUCCACUCCGCUCCCGACGGGUCGUCUGCGUGUGCAAUGGACGGCAUUGUCCAAGAUAUAACAGUUGGUACAAAGCGGGCAGCUGAGGAGCUUUUCUCUCCUUGUGUUACUACUAACGGACCCUUUAUCAUGAGCAGCAACUCUCCUUCUGCAGCUAAUGGAAACGACAGCAAAAAGUUCAAAGGCGAUAACAGAAGUGCUGGUGUCCCAUCCAGAGUAAUCCACGUCCGCAAGCUCCCCAGUGACGUCACGGAGGCAGAGGUCAUUUCUUUGGGCUUACCCUUUGGCAAGGUCACCAAUCUUCUGAUGUUGAAAGGAAAAAACCAGGCUUUCAUAGAGAUGAACACAGAGGAGACAGCCAACACCAUGGUGAACUACUACACCACAGUCACUCCGGUGCUCCGGAGCCAGCCCAUCUACAUCCAGUUCUCCAACCACAAGGAGCUGAAGACAGACAGCUCUCCAAACCAAGCACGUGCCCAAGCAGCUCUGCAAGCCGUGACCCAGGUGCAGGCUGGGGCUGUGGCGCUGGCCGCCACAGCUGCGGCCGUCGAUGCAGGGAUGGCGAUGGCUGGCCAGAGCCCUGUCCUGAGGAUCAUUGUGGAGAAUCUCUUCUACCCUGUCACUCUAGAUGUUCUGCACCAGAUCUUUUCCAAAUUUGGAGCAGUCUUGAAAAUCAUCACAUUCACAAAGAACCACCAGUUUCAGGCCCUGUUGCAAUAUGGUGACCCCAUGAGUGCUCAGCAUGCCAAACUGUCUCUGGAUGGACAGAACAUCUACAACGCCUGCUGCACACUGCGCAUCGACUUCUCCAAGCUCACGAGUCUCAAUGUAAAGUACAACAACGACAAGAGCAGAGACUACACCCGCCCAGACCUGCCCUCUGGGGACAACCAGCCCACCCUGGACCAGACCAUGGCAGCUGCUUUUGGUGCCCCAGGAAUAAUCUCUCCUCCAUAUGCUGGAGCAGGUUUUCCUCCUACUUUUGCCAUUCCUCAGGCUACAGGCCUGACAGUUCCAAGUGUUCCUGGAGCACUAGCUCCUCUGGCUAUUCCAGCAGCAGCUGCGGCGGCUGCAGCAGGACGGAUUGCCAUUCCCGGCCUGUCUGGGACAGGGCACUCCGUGCUGCUGGUUAGCAAUCUGAUCCCAGAGAGAGUUACACCCCAAUGCCUCUUUAUUCUUUUCGGAGUCUAUGGUGAUGUGCAGAGGGUGAAGAUUUUAUUUAAAAAGAAAGAUAAUGCCCUGGUUCAGAUGGCCGAUGGGAAUCAGGCCCAGCUUGCCAUGAGCCACUUGAAUGGGCAGAAGCUCCAUGGGAAGCCGAUCCGUAUCACGCUGUCCAAGCACCAGACAGUGCAGCUGCCCCGUGAGAACCAGGAGGACCAUGGCCUGACCAAGGACUAUGGCACUUCUCCUCUACAUCGUUUCAAGAAACCAGGCUCCAAAAAUUUCCAGAACAUCUUUCCCCCUUCUGCCACUCUUCAUCUGUCCAAUAUUCCACCUUCAGUAACUGAAGAAGACCUUAAGUUGUUAUUUUCAAGCAAUGGUGGGAUAGUCAAAGGAUUCAAAUUCUUCCAGAAGGACCGUAAAAUGGCUCUGAUCCAGAUGAGCUCUGUGGAAGAAGCCAUUCAGUCCCUCAUUGACCUCCACAAUCAUGACCUGGGGGAGAACCAUCACCUGCGUGUUUCCUUUUCCAAGUCCACCAUUUAGAGCUUGGGAAGGCCUGAGUUAAAAUGGACUUGACUUAAAACCUCUGGAGUUCAGCCUUGACUUUAAAAGGCUGGACACCAGGGUUUCAACUUCCAUCAUUCCAGAAAAAAAAAAAAGCCACUUUAAAAAUGCAGCUGAAGUGACCUUAAAAGACCAGAGAUUUUAUUUUUUUAAAGAGAAAUCAGUUUACCGGUUUUUAAAAAAAAAAAAGAAAAUUAAUUCCUCUUGCUAACCUUGCGGUGAUGGGUAACAAUCUUGACUGUUCCAAUAAAAAAAUCACAAGUUCAAGUUUACACUAUGGAACCUGCUCUGGGAAAUUCCCCUCCCCUCCUGCUCCUCCUCCCCCAAAAAGCAGAUCCCAAGAAGUUUUAUCAGGUUUCACAUUGAUGCCUUUUUUAAUUUCCUUACCCAUCCAUGCCUUGAAAGACCUAAAACCACUGUGUGAAUUCACUGUAGCGCCUUGGAGUCAGGAUUGUGGUGACCAGGAGCUCCCAACCCGCCCAGCACAACACUCGGUUGCAUUGAUCCCACCUUACCUGUGCACCUGCUAUCCUGUGCCUUAAACCUUCUACUUCUUUGGGGAAAACAUCCGAGCUGCAGGGAGGGGAUGGGGAGAGCUGAGCGGGGGAGCGGCUCUGGCUGACGAUCAGCCAGGGGAGCUGGCAGAGUGGAUAAAGAAAAUUUUGGGCUGUGACUUGGGCCAGUCGUUCCCAGCUGCCCCACGUGUGUCUCGAUCUCCACGUGUGCCCUGUGCCACUUCCCAGUCUGCUCGUAGGUCAUUGCCACCUGCAAAUUGAGGUGGGAGUUACCUUGAGAGCCUUUGUGGCUGAGCAAAGGUCUGGGUGGGGAAGCGUUCCCAAGGCCAAAUCACAUUCCAGUGUCAGGAGCGAGCCGCAGGCUCUGCCCUUGCAGAGCAGUGGCGAGGGACGAAAGAGCCGCUGUGGGACACUUGUGAAGAUGAAUCAGAGUUUGUUGAAAUUGUGUGUGUAUAUACCUAAAUGCUUGGCUAGGAUUUGGAGAAUCCUUGGAAUACCCCACAAUUAGAAGGGUGCCUGCAAGAGGUACCUUUGUGCCCCUAAUUGGAGAUUAACGAGGCUGCUGUAGCUCCGCCGUCGUUCUUAGAGCAUGUCUUCAGCAUUUGAGCUUUUGUUUGAAUCCUUGUAUUAUACUUUGAUGCCGUUGCUGUCCUCUGUGCCUAGCAAUAUUUCCAGUUGACCAAAUAUUCUAAUCUCUUUAUAUGCAAAAGAAAUAGUUUAAGUACCUUUUAUAGAAUGAUAAGAUGGUAUAAACGUAAUCUAAAUUUACUCCUUUGUGGUAUUACCCGUGUAUACUGUACUUUAUUUUCUUUGUUUUGUAAUUGAAGCUGUAGGGCAGGAGUAGUUUCCAGGCUGAGGUCGUGGCUGAGGAUGAGCAGAGCCGAGGGUGUGAGAGAAUGAGCACAAACAGCUCGGAAAUGGAAGGAAAAGGACCCAGGCUAAAGAUUUUUUUACCUUUUGAACCUAUAAGCCAAGAUGUUGUUCUAGGAAGGGAAUUUAUUAAAAGUAGAAUGCAGCAAAUCAGUUUUUCCCAAUGAUAAAACAAUUUUUGGUUUUUUUUUUUCUGGCUUACAACUCUUUCCCGGGCCAUUCUGCCUUCUAUUCCGUGUGAUCCGAUGUUGCCUUACAUUUCCCUCUAACCUGCAACCUGUUCGGAUGCAAAAUAACAAGAAUCUUGUACUUUUUUUCAGGGUUUUUCUGCAAAUUGUGGACCAAAGUUUGUUUUUUGUCUUAGUGUUGCAAGUUCUGAUUUCCUUGCUUAGUGUGGGAGCUCUUGACUUGCCUAGCACUGAGUGUUUGGAAAAGUCUUAACUUUCUGUAGUUCCUCCCUGGACUCUCAAGGAUAUGAAUUAUGCUGGAGAAGCAUGUGAGGUCCGAGUGAGGGUCCAGCUGGGGCUGUGGCAUGCUGGGUACCCCUGAGGAGGGCAAGACCCGUGGUGACAGCAUCACUUUUGGGUACCUCUAAAUCUGGGUGAGCUGUCCUGGAGCCAGAAUCUGCCCCUGCAGAUCUGCCAGGGCACAGCUGGGGGGUCCCCUCCCUAGUGAAACACCCACUCCUCCCACAGGGCACCCAGCCUGCCCAGCACAGCAGCACUGGGGUAACUGGUCAGUGCCCCCCAUCACCCUCCCCAGCCCUGGGGAGGCUCCCGGGGCUGGGCCCCAGCCGGGACACUCGGGUGUCCCGUGCAAAUCAUGGAUGGAUUUGGGGUAACCAGGGCCCCCAGCACAGUGGGUGCUCCCUUCGGAUCCUGUGUUUGCAUGUAAAGAAUGUGAGUAACUAAGGGUGUACAUAUUUAUAAUUUUUUUAUACCUGUUGUAAGACAUGAGGGGCAGCAAAACCCAGUUUUUUAUGGUGACCAGAUGUAUUGUAUAUUUUGAUAACAGCAAUUCCAGGUUCAGUAUUGUGGAAGGUGGGUGGGGAGGGGAAGUGUACACACCAUCAGAAUUCCAUUGCCUCUUUCAAAGAAUGUUUGUAAUGCAAAAAGAAAUGAAAUUAAAACUAUUUUAUAACAACCUUUGUACCUUUCUGUAGCUCCAUUAUUUCCUGUUGAGAUUGUAGAAGCAGUUGGUGCCCAGUCUGUACUUGUGCUUUCAAUAAAUUCUUCUGUAUCCUUCA